GCGUCGGUAGUGGACGACGUCGUCGUCGUCGUCGCUGUUUCUCAUCGUUGUCGCCGUCGUGUGCGCUCGCUCGCUAGUGAGAAAAAGGAAAACUUUCGCGUAAAUAAAUAACUGCGGUUUUCGGAACGAAAUUUGCGUGUUUUUCCGCCGGAAAAGUGCACCUACCGAUCGCCGGACGGUCGGCCACUAUGGAAUACGCUAGAGGACGUUGGAUUCAGUGCGGGAACCGUGCCGGAAAGUGCAUUUUUGUGCGAUUUUUUUACGCUUCGAAAAGGAGGAGCAGCAGCAGCCGAAUCGAGUGAAAGGUGUUGUGGGUAAAGGGGGUGGUAGUGAGGUGGAAGGUUGCAGCCGCCUGCCGCGGCGCCCUCUUUUCGUUGUGGGGUGGUGUGUGGAGCUAAAAAUUUUACUUUUUUCGGUGGAAGCAACCUGAGUGAGAAAGCGCACCUUGGACAGAUUUCCGGAGUCGCGGACACCCAGAGAAAAGUGCGUAUGGAAGUGCAGCAGCAGCAGCAGUAGGCGCCGAUUGCUGAUCCUCUGUUUUUAUUCGGAAUUGCAAACUACAACUUAAACCUAGCUAAAAACAAAAACAUCAAACAUACAACCACUUGGACUGCUAAGUACUACUACCACCACCAUGUCCAAGUGGAACAAAGGGCACGGAUUGAUCGUUCCGAUCGAUUCCCUUCUCAAAGAGAAGGAAAACACCAACCGACCGGCCCCUCUUCGUUCGGCCGGACUGGUUGGCCGCUGGGGCAUCACCAGUUUUACGUCGAUUCGUAAUACUAGCUAUGAAUUCGAAAGCACCAGCCCGAAGGAAUCGGACGACCUCAACUGCCCGUCGAGCGUGGCGAGCUUGUCAACGCAGGUCCCCAAUCCGAUCAAGCCGAAAAAGUUCUUCAAAAGUCGCAACACCCUGCCACCGGUUGCGGCCAAGCCGGAUCCUCACCGGGAUGCGGCCGGGUAUGGUAGCCCCCAGCAGAAGAACGUUCUUCUGCACCAGGCCGCACAACUGCAAGCCAGAAUCGCCCAGGACGCUGGGGGGAGCCCACCUUACGUUCCGGCCGGUUACUACCAACCUCUGGGUGCUUCGACAUCCGCGGAAGGUAAGGCCCCCGGUAAGAAGAAAUCCAAGAAGAAGAAACAGAAGCAAUCUGAAGGUGAAGCCGGAGAAGAAUCAGCUGUUCCUGCGGAAAAACCGUCCUCCGCCAAGAAGGAAAAACCAGAAUCAAAGAAAGAGAAGAAACAGAAGAAAGUCAAGAAGGAAGUGGAACUACCACCGGAGUUACCCAAGCGGAACUCGUCUCGGAUUAGGAACAAAGUGGUGAACUAUAACGAAGAUGACGACAGUUUCGAUAUGAUUCCCUAUCGUGAUGAAGUGUCGAGAACUCCACCGGUGUCCAAGCUGGCACUGGAGCCGGCUCCGGUGCCUGAGGUUCCCGAACCGGAACCGGUACCGGUGGAGAAAUCAGUAGCUGAGGAAGAAGAUGAAGAAGAAGUGGAAGAAGAGUACGACGAAGAACAAGAAGUGCCACAAGAAGAGGCGCCGGCGCCUGGUGGAAGUGUUACGAAAAGUGUGGGGACGGUGGGGAUGCAAGUGCCCGCCGGAUUGGCCAGUCCAACAAAGGCCAGCAGUGGAGGGGAAGAUCGCGUGAAAACCAGGGAACACAAGGAGAUGAAAACGGUUCCGGUGCCGCUGUCGUCCCCCUCGGUGGUUGAGCACCCGCCGAUUGUGCUGCGGAUAUCGAAGGGCACCUCCCGACUUAUCAGCACCGACAGUGAAGAUGUCAACUCACCUCCGCACGGUUCAGCGGUUCAACAACCUGCGGUAGCGCCCGCCAUCCCUCAUCAACCGACACCACCCGCCUCGCAGGAAUCGGAACCACCGGCUCCGCUUACGGAACCCGCCGUCAAUCCAGUCCCUUCGGCUUCGGCAACAUUCGUCACCGGGCUGACUCCGCCGGAAGAGGAACCCAAGAAGGACGACUUGAAAAUCAAAAUCACCCUCAGCAAAGGUCUUAUCAGCAACGGCGGAAGCAGUAGUAAGCACAAAAAGGAAAGCAAGAAGGAAUUGAGGCACUUUAAGAAGCGGGCCAUUGCUAGAGAGAAGGGAAGAAGCAGUAAGAGGGCUAAACGGGGAGAGGGAGGCGAUACGCAGGAAGAAGACGACGAACGGAAAGACGAGGAACUGCUGGGUGGAGUGGCGGAAGACUUGCGUGUGGACCCGAUUGUACUUCCGAAUAUUCGGCCACAGUUCCCACUUCCGGGAACGGACGCGUAUGAACUUUACCGGACAUUGGCAUCGCCUUCCGGUGGAGACGAUUUCGACUCUCAGAGCUCGAUUCUAGGAAGUGCAUCGUCGAACAACACUCCCAAACACGUCGGUUUAACGGCGGCCGAUGAUUGCCGAAUCAUCCACAGCCGGGGAUCGAGCGAUUGCGGAAGUGACUUGGAACUGUCCCAGAACAGUUCAACGGCAGCGGCACCUCCGUCGGAAAUCAAUUUCGAAAGUGAAAAUACCCAGGACAACAAGGAAGAGGAAGCGAAGGAGGUAGUGAAACCGGAAGAAGAAAAGAAGGAACCACCGAAAGAAGAAAGAGUCGAAGUACUGAAGUUGAGCCUGAAGGGAACCAGGUCAACGAGAACGACUCGAAGUAAAAUGAAGAACACUGCCCAGGUUGAAGUGAUUUCCAAACCGGAACCGAUCCCGGUUCCGGCUGCAAUAAGUUCACCGGAACCAGCAGUUAAGAAGUUCGGCCGAGCCACUCGAAAUCGUAACAAUAAUAACAAUGUGGUUGCACCGGAAGUUGAACCGGUCAAAGAAGUAGAACCGGUUCCGGAACCAGUACGAGAACCCUCUCCUCCACUAGCUCCAGUUCAGAAGGCAGCCACCCGCCAAUACAGUAGGCGGAAAAAGAACGUGGUUCCGCCUGACUACCAGCACGACCUGUUGACCAGUCCCAAACGACCCGCCUUGGAACCAAUCGAUUCUCCUCCGCCUUUCACGUUGUCCUCGGAAACCGAAUCCGCCUUGGCAUCGAUGAAAUCUCCACGAUCAUCGGCCCUAACCACAGGACUAGAUCUCACCACAAACUCCAACCGGACGGAACCCGCCCAACCUGCGGUUUCUUCCGACAUUCAAGAUGAAAACAAACCCGAACCCACAGAGUACAAAAUCAAGAACAAGUUCAAAAGGUCCUACUUCCGGAGCGAAGAAUUGGCUAAACAACAACAGCUGCAGGAAAGUCGACCUCUUGCAGAAACGUCCGCCGGAAACAAUACGAUACCUUCGGCGGCUCCUGCCAGCGCCCUGACUGUUCCUCCCAUCACCAUUCCAAUUGUUCAACCGAUGUCCUCUGCACAGGACCAGCAGCAACAACCGGUUAAGCUGGUGAUCUCAAAGAAGAAAGGAAGCAUUUUCAAGAGUCGUCCCCUCACCGGAAGUGCCGAAGCAGCGGACAAGAAGCGGCACGUCUACAAGCACAAAUGGGACGAUGAUGAUGAGGAUGGGAAGGACAAAGGUGCAAUGGCGGAAGCGGAAAAGGACAAGCAACCCUCCACCUUCGAAGGGGAACCUUCCGGACUUUCCAGGGUUACGCGGAUGCGAAGUACUGGAGAAACUAGCAUGGAAUUUGACGAUGAAUUCGACUUCGAUACCAAAUUGAAGUGUGACCGAGACACGAAGCCUUACUACACCGUUGUGCGGAAUGUCAAAAAAGCCCAUCAAAUUCAGGAGAUUGGUGAAUCUCAGGAGAUGGAUGACGACGUAGAGUACAUCCUGUCGGCUCUCCAGCCGGACAAUCCCAACGCGACGCGAUGCCUUUCGGCGAUGACCCUAGCCACCAAGUGCAUGACUCCGGCCUUCCGGAUGCAUGUGCGAGCGCACGGAGUCGUGACCCGGUUCUUUAAAGCCCUCCGGGACGCCCAUACGGAUCAGAGCCUGGGUCUUUGCACGGCCACCAUCAUGUUCGUACUGUCACAGGACACUCUCAAUAUGGAUCUCGACCGGGACUCGCUGGAGCUGAUGCUGAACCUCCUGGAUACGGACCACCGAUCAGGAUCCGACGGAGGUCUCAGCAAGGGUCAACUUGAAAAGAACCAACAAAAGGUACGGGAGCUUUGCGAAGAAAUCAAAAACUCCGGCAAAGCAAAGCACAUGGACCUGGACAAUAUCACGACGGGGUCACUUGCCAUGGAAUCGCUCCUGUCCCUAACCUCCAAACGAGCCGGCGAAUGGUUCAAAGACGAACUUCGGAACCUCGGAGGACUUGAACAUCUCAUCAAAACGGUUUCCGACUGCUGCCGGCAGAUCUCCGAUUACGUGAUCGAGUGGACCGAUGAUCUACUGUCGAAGCUGCAGAAGAUCGAACGGUGCCUCCGGGUGUUGGAGAACGUGACCAUCCUGAACGAGCAGAACCAGAGCUACAUUCUGAACUACAACGGCGGCCGUAUGAUUACCACGCUGGUCAAACUGCUGAAGCUGAUCGAUGGCGAAGUGGUGCUGUAUCCGACCACCGAGCGGACACCCAAAGAGGAUCGAGGCGCGGUGCUACGGGAGAUGAUCAUUCCGGUUCUGAAGCUGUUCAUCACGCUGACCCAUCCGUUCAAUGAUACUGCCUACGGUGCCAGCGUAAUUGGAUCGCAGCCGCAUGUGAUUGCCACCUCGCUGCAUCUGCUGCUGCGACUAGGUGACUACGUACCGCAGAAGUUUAUCUUCGAAAUGAACAUUCUGGUGCUGCUGUUUUUGAUCAAUCUGACCAUCUACACCCAAUCCAAUCGGCAUCACCUGAUGACGGCUCGGGCACCGGACGAUUUUGGAACGACGGCGGCAGCCGAAAGCAGUCGGACUACACGUGGAGCGAAGGCGACCGCCCAGCAGGAAAUGGCCAUCCAGGCACUGGUUGACUACUUCUAUCGGCAGGACGAGUUGGCGAGGUAUGCUGAGAAAAAUACAGAUGCCAUUCUGGAGGCCAAGUCGAAGAAGAACGAAGAUAUCGAAGAGACUGUUACCAAAUUGCUCCAAAAGGCCGGUUCCCACAUGGAGCACACGCUCAUGGCCAGCUACGUGGCUCUACUUAUCGGGUGGCUCGUGAAGGGCAGUGACGAGUACGAGGCCACCGUUCGAUGCUACCUGAAGGACGGCAACUUCGUGAUGAUGGUCAACUCGCUGGAAAAGUACCACAACUUCCUCAACCUGACCGCCAAUUCGGACGCCUCCAGCCUGCAGCACGUUCGCCAGACCAAAAACAUCAUCGACAAUCUUAAGAAACUGGACUCGGCUGACCGGCAACACCAACAACAACCGGAAGCAUCCACCAGUAGCAGCAGUCUGCAAUCGUUACCCACUACUUCCUCGUCAUCGUCCACUAGUAUCGCUACAACCGCCUCUAACACCACCACCCCGCACCGUUAUGGAUCUCGGUCAUCGACCCGGGCGCACUACUGAUAAAGGCGGACCGCCGCCGACCCUCCGGUAAGGUCCCGAGCGUGAGUUUGAACUUUUACUCCCAUCUUCUCUCGUAAUUCGUAAUAAUUGUAUCAAAAGUCGCUGUCCGGUUAAUUAGGAUUGAUUUUAUAUUUUACCAUUCUUAUAACCUACUAGGAAAACUGAAACGGCUCUCUUUUCGUUCUUUCUUUUGGCGCGAACCCAAACAUCAGAAGAACGGAAGGAUAUAUUCUGUAUAAAUUAUAUUUGCUUUUAACACAAAGCCCCGUAACUUAAGAUUACCUACCGAACGACGAGACUUGUAAAAAUGGGUUUAGAGAGUGUCCGAACCAAAAUCCUGUAAAGAUCGCAAACUUUCUCCCAAAAUGAAAGUUCACCACCCCUACUUCGCAUAAGGAAAAGAAUACACUCAAAUGAAGUGUAUCCUGGUUUUAAUUUCAAAUAUUUAACUGUACAUUUUUUCAGUUUUCGCGUCCUUUUGAUAGCUGGUAAAAACCCCUCCUUAAUAGAUUGUCUAAGUCUAACUAAUUGAAUAAGAAUAGAUUCUCUUCGUAGCCGUUCCGCGGUGCUUCAUUGUUGUUAUAUUUGAAAUAAAUGUAGGAAUUUUCAAAAUUUUGAAUGCUAGUUCUUGACUUGACUACAUUAAGUCCACCACCAUUUUAAUGCUGUCUUACAUCCAAUUGGAGAUGAUUUUUACAGCGCAUAAUGGACCGUCUUGCGAUUGUUCAUGAUUUUUCGAUAAUAACGCCAAUUGAAGCACCGCGGGUCACAUUUGUAAGCACUUAAAAAAACCUAUAGUUGUGCGUGAGUGAGCCUCUUAAUAUAUCCGUUGUUUCGGUGUGUGUACGUGUUCCUUUGUAUGUGUGAGAGCUCGGGCGAAACCCAAAAUAUGUUCGUCCUCUCAAAUGCUAAUCUGAAAUUAGAUCGUAGUGAAAAGCAAACAAAACAGUAGUUUAUAAAUCACAUAAAAUAAAUCACGUUUAAUUAGAUGUUUAUUAGAAAUGAAGGAUCCAAAUCAAACACAAAUCAUACAAGUGGCGACGCGGAUGGUGUGCGCAGCUGCCAGGUAACUUUUGUCAUCCUAAUAGGAAGCAAUCAGUGAAGUACUAGAUUGAAAGUAGUGAGCUGGAUUUUUGUAUAGUGAGAUGAUCAGUUCUCCGUUUCUGCAAUGAAAUGGUGCAAACAGCGUGGGUUAUAUGAUUUCUUGCCUAAUUUGAUGCUGUUUGAGCAAAAGUUUGGGUAACUGAGUUGUUGUAUUUUUAUUUCUUGCAACUUCAACAACACAGUUACCCAAACUUUUGCUCAAACAGCAUCAAAUUAGGCAAGAAAUCAUAUAACCCACGCUGUUUGCACCAUUUCAUUGCAGAAACGGAGAACUGAUCAUCUCACCAUACAAAAAUCCAGCUCACUACUUUCAAUCUAGUACUUCACUGAUUACUUCCUAUUGUGAGAACACCCUCAACUCGGUGGGGGAAGGAGAGGCAAUAAUCCUUUCUUUACACACAUUACUGGGUAUUUAAGAUGAAGAGCUAAGAACUAGCUCGUGGACGAAAGCAAGCAUUAAUAGAGUAUUAUGGUAGAGAGUUCUAUAAGUAAAAUGAACGGGAAAAGCGCGUGUACAUACAGUAGUGAGAUCUAAUGGUAAAAUGUAUAUUGUUUAAAUUAUUAAGAUGCAUAAAGAAACACAAAGAUACAAAGAGAGAUCUUUGUGGAAGAAAUACUUUUUAAUAAAACCUCUUUGGAAAUUAA